AUGACAGCGACCACGAUAGCGGCAGCCGACGCGCCCCAAGGCAAGCCUGAACCAGCAUCGCAGCGGCGCUCGAUCAGCAGCGCAGGCGCCACCAGCGGAGGCACACCCGCCAGCCGUUACACGGCUCCUCAGCCGGGGAAGCAGCAGUGCUGGGAAGCGACAGCGCAUCGGUCGCUCAUCAGCCUCUCCCCUGUCUACGCGGCCCGACUGGCCACCCUCACGGAGGCGAAGUUCUGCGCCGAACUCGAGAGUCGUCUGGGCAAGCUCGACUACAGCAGCAUGAUGCAGUGCCUGCAUGAAGUCGUUCGUCGAUGGUCUCCGACACCCACCACCUCUGCUGUGGGUGAUGGUGCCGCCGAUGACGACGACAGCGACGCAUGCCGUGCGAAGAGGCGCAGACGCGCAGCAUGUGAAUGGGCAGUGGAGGCCGAGGACGUGGUGCCGUCAGCGGCACGCACACACAUGGCGAGCCAGCGACUUCUCACCGCGGUGCUGAGCGUACUCAAGCGGAUCGACCUGUGCGUCAUGGAAGCGGAGGUAAACGGACCACCGCAGAACACAACUGCCGCCGCGGCAUCAGCGGGUGCGGCGGCAACGGCGACGCUCUGCACGGAUGGCAAGCCGCCUCAGCAGCAGCACCCUCGCGACCGCCCUUCGUUACACGAAACGCCGUUCUCUGCGCGCCUCUCCCGCCUGGUGCUACAGUGGCUCUCGCGCGAGGUGUCGCGCAUGGACGCUACGGUAUCGCUGCAGGUUCUCCACCUCCUCGCGCAGCAGAGGCUGUUGCACAUGGAGGCGGUGCUGGAGACGCUCGUGGACUCCAUCGUCGUCCACUUGGAACGGUGCGGCGCCACGGAAGCCACAACGGCGGGGCCAGCGCCCACCGCCCGGGCGUUUACGCUGGAGGAGUUUAGUCUUCUCUUCGACACGCUGGCGCGCUUCCAGGCACAACUCUUGCGGCUUUCCUACCUGCGGCAGCUCACCACGCAAGAGUCUCACGUCCUCUACCCCUCCGCUGCCGAACUGCGUGAUGGCAGGAGUGUGGUCGACGGCGAAGGUACACAGGCCACCGCCAUCGCCGACCACGCCACCGAUCCGUGUUUGGUGUCCGCUGCGGCAGCUGUGCGGCGCCGCGCGCUCGAGCGCAGCAACCACCCCGUGGCGAACGGCCGUCUGUUCCACCACCUGGCGGAGGCCCUGUCGCUGACCCUGAUGAACGGCCAGCAAGGACAUCUCCCUGCACCAGUGGCGGGCGCGGCAACCAGCUCCGUCGACCCGGCAGACACGUCGGCCCGCCUGCUGAGGAUGAACGCCACGAGCUUCCUCUUCUUGGCUCGGGCGCUGAGCAAGCUGCAGUGGUGGCACGACGGCCUCGCCGCCGCGCUCGCGGCGCCGCUGACGGGGUACGUUCGCGCCCACCCCGAGUCUGCCCUUGUGGUGGUGGGGCUUGUUGGCCGGCGCGAGAACCGCAGCGGCGAUGUUGCCUUGCUGGAGGUGCUGCAAGACAGCCUCAUCACGCUGCUGCUGCGUCGUCGCAGCACGUUGAAGGCGCUUACGGGAACGGGGCGGGCACCGCGCCAGGGCCGAGCGGCAGGGAGGGACGACGACGGCGACGAUCACGGGGCGGUGUUGGCGGAGUGGGAAGAAGGCAAGGAGGCGGACUUGCGCCUGUUCUCCUCCGCUCCGUCCCACACCACGCCUGCGACUCACCGCAGAUCGCGCGAGCUUUCCGCCGCCGCUGUCUCCACGGCUUCAAGCACGUCUUCGGCAGCGUCGCUCACCCUCAUCGAUCUGCACGCCCUCCCUGCCACCGUAAAGGCGCUCUGCCGCUUCCACGUGCGCACGAUCGCGGUGGUGCCGCCCCCACGUGAGGCGGGAGCAGGGGCGGCGGGGACGUCCGGAGAGGACGUGCGUGCGCGGCUGGUGCGCAAGAUGCGGGAGCUGCUCGGGUUGAUGCUUGAUGACACCUCGCGCGGCAUCACUUCCCUCGACACCGUCGCGUGCACCCUUGCGCCGGCGUUUCUGUCGCGGGUUCUGCUGACGCUGCUGGAGGCAACAGCCCAGCUGCCGCAGGCGUGGGGCACCAUCGGCGGCCCCGACGCGUCGUUGAUGCGCCGCGGCGAAUACGCGAGCACUGCCGCCUCCGAUAACCCCCAUCACCCACUCGUGAUCGAGCUGGCGUAUGCCUGGACUCUGCAGGUGAUCCGGAGUCGCUGCCCCCCACGGCCGCCCCCCAGCCCCCAGACGGGCGAGCACACCGCAGCGGCGGCGGUGGCAUACCACCGAAUAGCAACCUCCGCCUACUGGCGACGCGUCGUCGACGUGCAUGAAGCGUUGGUGAAGGCUGGUCUUCUGCGGUGGACUUGCCGGCAGGCGGCAUACGCUAGCGACCCCGCCGCUGCUCUGAGAGGUAGGUACUACAUGCCCGACGACGUUCUGCGAGCCGCGCCGCGGGUCAACGCAGCCGUACAGCUCGCCAAGGCGCGCAUCGAGGCGAAGCGUCAGCGGGAGGCGGCUGAGCGGCCGGAAGUGGAGGCGCAAGAGCAGCAGAAAACAGCAGCAUCGCGGUACGCAUCUGCAGCGAUUCGGGGCUCCGCGCAGCGGCGCCGGCCCUCCGCGGCCUCGUCCUCCUCGCUCUCUCCCCAGCAUCAGUGUCGUCGUACAGGGGCUGGGCACCCAGUGCGGACGACGGAUGUCUUUGCCGGCUACACGAAAGCCGUCUCUCGCUUACUGUAA